UGUGACCAAGUGAACUCCAAAUGGCUUUAGGACCUUUAAAAAUAGAUACACUUUAUAUACUAUAUUGCCAAAAGUAUUGGGACACCCCGCCAAAUCAUUUGAUUCAGGUGUUCCAAUCACCUCCAUGUCCACAGAUGUAUAAAAUCAAGCACCUAGGCAUGCAGACUGCUUCUACAAACAUUUGUGAAAGAAUGGGUCGCUCUCAGGAGCUCAGUGAAUUCAAGCGUGGUCAAGUGAUAGGUUGCCACCUGUGCAAUAAGUCCAUCAGUCAAAUUUCCUUGCUACUAAAUAUUUCACAGUCACUUGUUAGUGGUAUUAUAACAAAGUGGAAGCAACUGGGGAUAACAGCAACUCAGCCACGAAGUGGUAGGCCACGUAGUGAAGUGCGUAGAAGUCACCAACUGUCUGCAGAGUCAAUAGCUAAAGACUUCCAA